AUGGCAUUCAUAGCCAACGCAAAAACCAGUUCUUUUCUUGUCUUAAUCUGUUUUAUAACCUUUUCUUCUUUGCAUAUAACAACAACAGAAGCAUGUCAUGCAACUGAUAGAGCAGCUCUACUUGAUUUCAAGAGUAAGAUCAGUGAAGAUCCUUAUGGCCUAUUACAAACGUGGGAUCUAUCCACAGACUGCUGUACCAAAUGGGAAGGUGUCGGUUGUGAUUCCAACGGUCGUGUGGUGCGUCUUGUACGGACUGGCGGAUAUUUCCGGUAUCAGGGCCACUUUGAGUUCAUGAUCGGAACUAUUUCUCCCUCAUUGGGUGAACUCGAGUUUCUCAGCUGGUUAAACCUUGGUGGCCACAAGCAUUUAACAGGAAAGAUCCCUCCGGAGAUUGGAAAGUUAUCACACCUUACUACUCUAUACCUCUAUGACAACAAACUAGAGGGUUCAAUUCCGGCAUCAUUUCAAAAUCUUAGUAAACUCAAAUUUUUGCAACUCAAUGAUAAUCUUCUAUCAGGUACAGUUCCCACAAAUGUCUUUCAACAUAUGUCUUCUCUUUCGCAACUUGAUCUAUCCAAAAAUCAGUUGUCUGGCAGAAUUCCAUCAUCAAUUGGUAAACUAGUUUCACUGCAGACUCUAGAUUUCAAGCAAAACAGGUUCUCAGGCAGUAUACCAACUACAAUCGGUUUUCUUCAGAAAUUGAGUUUUUUAACCUUAUCUAACAACCAGAUUUCUGGUUACAUUCCAAGAUCAAUUUCCGAACUAAAAUCUCUUAACGUUGUUUACUUAUCAAAUAACAAACUUACCGGUAUCCCGGCAUUUCUCAGUAAUACCGCGCCGCUUAAGGUUUUGAUGCUUGAUAACAACAUGUUAACAGGCAAUUUACCUGACAGUCUUGGUAAUCUUACAAAACUUAUUACUUUAUCUGUAAGAAACAACCGUUUUACGGGUAAGAUUCCUCUAAUUUUAAGCAAUCUAAUUAAUCUUCGAACUCUGGACCUCUCUAGAAAUGGUUUGGCUGGUUCAAUUCCUCCAGCAGUAAUAAACAUCCGGAACCUCAUGCAAUUUAAUGUGUGUCCUACAACAAGUUGA